AUGUCGCAAAUGACUCCUCACCACAGGCUACGGUUCCGACCAUCAACAGGAAACCCCAUACCAAAUCCCGAACGAACCGGCUGCUAUAGCUGUAAAGCUCGGAGAGUAAAGUGCCCCGAAACACGACCAGCAUGCGACAAUUGCAUGUUAAGGCAGCUCGAUUGCGUUUAUCCCUCGCUGUUCAAAUCACAAUCACACCAAUCACACCAACCCCACCGUCGUCUGCAAUCAAAUUAUAACGACAAGAAUUAUGUCCCUGCCAGCUCCCGCGCCGCCGCAGUUUCCCCCUUUUUCACAAUGGACGAUAUGCGCUUCUUCCACCAUUAUUUGACUGCGGGCUAUCCGUAUUUGCCAGAUGGCUGUGAUACAGUGUGGAUUACUGAGAUACCCCUUCUCGCCCACCAGGCCUCGACCGACCGCAACGCCCUACUCCUAAGCCUGAAAGAGGGCUUCGACCCGCGCACGCGCACGCGCUUCUCACACCUGACCCUCACCAGCAACGACGACGCUGAGGAUCUCGACGAUGACCCUGGCGACGCUAUCGACAUGGGCAUUAAUAUGUGCGUUGUCAAGCGCUUUGCGGAUGCAUUGAGGGCAUUGAUUCCACUCCUACAGCACGAAUGUCACCAGAACUAUCACGCAGCCAUCCUCGAUGCUGCCGAGGCAUUGCAGCGACGAGCGUGGGUCGAUGCAUUCAAUUCGUUCCAGAAGACGUAUGUGGUCCUGUGCACCAUUGACGAGGUCAGUUUCCAAAAUUACAUCAUCUCGCCAUCCGUGAGAGGCGCGGGGGCGGGAACCGGGCGGAGGCCAAAGUGGGAGGGGGAGGUGGAGAAGAAUGCGAUGUUCCUGCUUUUGUUCAUGUACCUCACGGCAUUGAAGGUGGCGAUGUGUCCGAUCAUUUGGCGCGUGAUACCUGAGCGGGCACUGUUUCCGCAGAUGAUAUUGCCGCAGGUGAGCUGGUUGAUAGACAUUAGUGCGCGGAUUUCGCCGGUGCUACGUGGGCAUGUGGUGCUGCCGUUGGAGGUUAUCACGAGGGUUGGGGCUGAGUAUGGGGUGUUCAAAUCGGUAUUUGGGGAGCGGGUGAGAGAGGAGUUGACUGUGAGAGCGGAGGAGAUGGGGUAG